AUGGAGCUAUUGGAAGAAUCAUGCUUGCUCUCAGUGAUUAAUCUUCCAAAAGAGAUUUGGCUCUAUCAAAUAUGUGAAUAUUUAGAUAUUCUUGAUAUGAUUUUUUCGCUGGGGAGAGUUUGCAAAGCAUUUCGAUAUGAAUUGGCAAACGAAUAUCUUAAAAAAUUCCCAAAAACAAAAAAGAAGGAUUCGAAUGAUCAAGUCAGUUCGAUAGAUAGCUUUUCAAUGAGAAGAGUGAAAUAUAUUAUCAGAGAUGAAUUACUGAAAUUUAUUGUAAAGUUUGAAAAAUCUCUGACGAAUGAAGGAAUUUUCGAAAAGAAGGACACGAGCCAUGUAUCAGAACAGUCCAAUGCUCAACAAAAUGAUCCAAAAUCAACAAAUGGUGGUCCCACAAUAGAAAAAGAACGUUUAAUGGAAUUAUUCCAAUCAAGAAUGGAAAUAUUCGACUUUUACUUUUCACAUUUCUAUAAGAAAUUACCAAGUGACGCUAGUGAAUCAGCUAUCAAGCAAACUUCCAUUGCUUCUUCCCUAUUUAAAUCUGAAAAUCAAUUAGUUGAAUCCUCAUCAGCAAGAAACACUGAAAUGAAAAAGAUUUUGAUUAUCGGCAAUGGUGGAGUUGGAAAAACAACAUUUUGCAGAUCAAUGCAGGAUUUACCACUAAACGAUAACCGAAAUCUACCAACUAUUGGUUGUGAAAUCAACUCUUACCGAUUGAAAAUUGCCGGUUUGGAAGCAAAUAUUAAUUUAUGGGAUACAGUUGGUCAGGAAAAGUUUGGUUUUCUUAGAGAUACCCUUUAUGUGAAUACUUCAGUGUGCAUCAUUUGUUUUGAUCUUACCAGUAGAUAUUCCUACAAAUCUAUUCUGAAUUGGUUCAGGGAUAUCAAAAGAGUGGAACCUGAAUGUGAAGUGAUAUUUGUCGGAACGAAACUAGAUCUAACCGACAAUCUGAAAGUAACACCCAAGCAAAUUACUUUUCCAAUUAACAAGUAUUGUCCAUAUAUUGGAUUGAGUAGUCUUCAACAGAUUAAUAAUAGAGCAGUGUUGUGGUAUGUUGCUUUUAUGAAUCUGUUUGUUUCCCAUUUGAAAGGUAUUCAUGAAACUCUCAUUUGUGAUAAAGAAACAAUAAAUUGA